UCAAAACAUAAACAAUUCCCAAAGUCAGAGUAUUAUAGCUUUUUAAUUUAAAUAUAUAAAGGAAGAAGAGCAAGAACAGCGCACGGCAGCUAAGGUAAAGACGACCUAUUCCUCUCCUUUCCCAUUUAGCAAUUUAGGCUCUCCUCCAUUGCCAUUUCCCCAAACAACUGUUUCCAUGAAUCUCAAGUCUCGUCAUCAAUGAAGAAACGCCGCUACGACCUUCUUCCCCUGCUACUGGCAACAUUCACCGCGGCCGCUUCCGCCGUUGAUUUCCUCUUCAACGGCUUCGAUCCAUCCCAAGUUUCCCUCUACGGCAACGCCACCAUCGAAUCCCGCAUCCUCACACUCACCAACGACACCAAUUACAACAUCGGACGCGCGCUCUACCCCUCCAAAAUCCCCACCAAGCUCCCCAAUUCCUCCCUCCCUCUCCCCUUCCACACCUCCUUCAUCUUCGCCAUGGCGCCCUACGCCGGCAAGCUGCCCGGCCACGGCAUAGUCUUCCUCUUCUCGCCGCACGUCGGGAUCGACGGCUCCAGCUCCGCUCAGCACCUCGGCCUCUUCAAUUUCACCAACAACGGCGACUCUAACAAUCACGUCUUCGGCGUCGAGUUCGAUGUCUUCAAGAAUGAAGAGUUCCAAGAUAUCAAUGACAAUCACGUCGGCGUUGACGUCGAUUCGCUCAUCUCCGUGCAGUCCCACGAAGCUGGCUAUUGGCCCCAAGACUCGAAUUCGUUCAAGAGCUCGCCUCUUAACAACGGCAAGAAUUACCAAGUCUGGAUUGAUUACGUUGACGGAAGCGUCAACGUAACCAUGGCACCGGUCGGAAUUAAAAGGCCUAACACACCGUUGCUCAGUGUUCCUCUCAAUCUUUCCGGAGUUUUGGAGGAUGAAAUGUAUGUGGGAUUCACCGCAUCUACCGGAGCUCUGGUUGAAAGCCACAAGAUUCUAUCUUGGAGUUUCAGCAACACCAAUUCUUUGCUCAGUGAGAGUCUGAUCACAACGGGUUUGCCAAAUUUCGAGCUUCCGAAAACCCCAUUUCAUGAAACCAGAGGUUUCAAAGCAGGUUUGGCAGCGGGGGUGUCAUCUACCUUGAUCGUUUGCUGCGUUGUUGGUUUCUUGUUAGUUAAAAGGAACAGAGAGAUAAAGAGGAGAAGAGCAGAAAUGGAAGAUUGGGAAUUGGAGUAUUGGCCCCACAGAAUAAGUUACCAAGAAAUCGAAUCAGCAACCAACAAUUUCUCAGAAGCAAACGUGAUCGGCAUCGGUGGAAACGGGAAAGUCUACAAAGGCGCAUUGCCCGGCGGCGCAGAGAUCGCGGUGAAGCGCAUCUCCCUCGACAGCGGCGAAGGAAUCCGAGCGUUCCUCGCAGAAAUCUCGACGCUGGGACGCCUCAAACAUAGGAAUUUGGUGGGAUUGCGAGGGUGGUGCAAGAAGGAAAAGGGCAGCCUCAUUGUCGUGUACGAGUAUAUGGAAAAUGGGAGUCUUGAUAAACUGGUGUUUGAAUGUGAUGAGGAAAAGCAACUGAGUUUUCAAGAAAGGAUAAGAAUUCUAAAGCAAGUUGCUUCAGGUUUGCUAUACUUGCAUCACGGCUGGGAGGCCAAGGUUCUGCACAGAGACAUCAAGUCCAGCAACGUGCUGCUUGAUAAAGAAAUGAACGCGAGAUUAGGCGAUUUCGGGCUGGCCCGGAUGCACGACCACGACAAGGUGGCCGGGACGACGCGCGUGGUGGGGACGGUGGGCUACUUGGCGCCCGAGGUGGUGACGAGCGGCAGAGCAUCCACUCAGACCGACGUGUUCGGGUAUGGGGUGCUGGUGUUGGAGGUAAUGUGUGGGAGAAGGCCGGUUCGAGAAGGGGAGCCGCCGCUGCUGGAUUGGGCGUGGGAGCUCUUGGGGAGGGGGGAGUUGGUCAAGGCGGCGGCAUUGAGGGGUGGAGGGGAUGAGGAAGAGGAGGAGGAGGAGGUGGAGAGAGUGCUUCAUUUGGGGCUGCUGUGCGCGCAUCCGGACCCCAAGGCUAGGCCGAGCAUGAGGCAGGUGGUGAAGUUUUUUGAAGGCAAGAGUGAGGUGAAUGAAUCGGAGAUGGAGGAGGAUAUGGAGAUGCACCUAUUGGAGAAGAUGAAGAACAAUGAGUUAUGGUCCAUGUAUCCUAAUAUUUUCACUAGUGGCUCUACUUUAUCACACCCAACCUAUGAGGACAUCAGGAAGGGCUUCUCCAAUACUACUGGCUCACUCUCUUGGUCCACUACUAUUGUGGAGGCUAGGUGACAAUAUGUUCAUCAACAAAUUUUCAAUUUUCUAUCAUCGAUUUUUUUUUUUUUUUUUUUUUUUGAUAUAUUUAUACUUACUUGUACACAAUUUUUUUCUAUUUUUGAAUUUCGAGAUAAAACAGUGUGUAUAUGGUGCUAUACGGACGUGUAUGAAUGGAGUAUUACAGUUUGUGUCCCAA